AUGGUGAACAAGGCAAGCGAUUCUUCCACAACCUUGAUGCUGACCUCAGGUGCUAGUGGAAGAAUCAAUGCACUGGUAUCUCUGAGUGCUUUGAGGAGCCUAUGGCUGAUGAUCCAUGCUUUUGUAUUGCUUCUGUUGCUUCCAUUUCGCGGGAGGUUUUAUAUAACGUCUGCUGAAAAAGGCGGUGGCAGUGGUGAAUCGAAGGAGGAGAAAUCCUCAUCACAGGGAGGAGUGGUGGUGAGAGUGCCGAGGAAGAGCGGCGGCGCAGUGGAUAAGGAGGUGGCGGCGAGAAGGGCGUUGGCGAUUAAGAGGGUGUUGGAGGAUAAUGACGGUGAUGAGACGGUGAGAGAGUUUUCAUUGUUUGUUACCUCAAGAGGCGACACCAUGUUCACUCAGUCUUGGACUCCAGCCAAGGUUAAAGUCAGGGGACUUCUUGUUCUUAUGCAUGGGCUGAAUGAACACAGUGGAAGAUAA